GUAUGCUGGGUGGAGCCCGAUAUUUGUGCUACGCUACUAUAUAGUAAGUCCUCUCCUUUCUUAGGCCAGGUCUAGAUUCAACCUUUUCAGUUAAUCUGUCCAAGGAGUAUUGAAUAAUGAGCUCUGGUAGAUGGCAUAAUAAGAAAUCGCUAGAUCGACAAGAUCGUGCCAACCCAUGCCCACAAACCCCCCCCCGACUGUCAAAAAUGGUAUGCCACGAAAGUUUUUUUUGCUCAAUACCGUAUUUGAACUGCUCAUGUCGCCGGAUUCAAGACGGGGGUUUCCUCUGUUUUGCUUUUUUCUAGUGCGUCACCACCAAAGGGUGAGCGACUUCAAUCCGGUGACAUGGGUACUGUACCCCACAUACAAGUACCAGCGAACCCACCACUAAUUAUCCAAGACACAUCGCGCCGCAAUCGCAAAGCUCCUGUAGAGUUUGGGUCAUAUCGUUCAUAUCAAAAUCAUAACUCUAGCAUCUUCAAUCAAACACCUCUGCCCCGAAGUACCUUUAAAACAAAAAGUGAACUCCCCCAAAAUCCAUGAACCCACGUAACUUUACAAAGCCGAUUUAUUGUUACCCGCCCCGGCAAAGCGAAGAAGAGGGGGGGGAGAAACGAGAAACAGAAAUAGAAAUAAAGCCAAUAGAAAUAUGGGGAAAAGAAGUGAAAAUAAGCCUGAAAUGCCCACCAACGCGCAGACCCCCAUGCAGAAUAAGACAGAAUACCAACGCAGAAUAAUCCAUCAUCCCCACCCAACCGACAGAUCAAUCACUUCCAGUCAGCGAGCCAUAAACGGGCCUGGAGGUUAGGGGGGUUGCCGUGGAAUAUACCUCUGGUUCCUUUGUUUCCGGCAUCGGAGAGGUAGGAGUGUCGGAAAGGUAGGCAAAGGGAGAGCAAGUUAUACAGUGUAAGAACGAAAAUAAAAAGCAGGAAAAAAGAGACAGGAGAAAGCAAAUAUGGAAGGAACGAAAAAAAAAAAGUGGGAUGAUGAAAUGAUAAAUCGAAGAACCAGUGGUGACGCCGGACGAUAGUUAAGCUUUAGUAUACCGAGUUGAAAGACCGUUAUUAGCGGAGGCGCCGAUCCUCUUCUACAGAUUCCGCUUUCCAGCGACGGAGUUUCCCGGACACAACUACAUGUUUUUACGCGGUCAACUAGCGAACCAGGGGCCAUGGGAGGGGAAGAGAAAACUGACUUUCAAAGGUGAUCAGAGUCAUGGCACUGGCGGGAACCGCACGGAGCAUAUUCGUUCCCAUCCCAGCGUAAAAUGCCCUCCAACCUUCCUCCCGAUACACUGUUCUGGCACUAUGAAUGAUGCCGCGAUAGCGAGGGCGCGUGUCCCCAUCGCUAUGGGUUACCUUUUGGGUCUGAAGUCUGGUGCGUAGAACUUCAUGCGGAUAUGUUGCUGAGCUCGCGCAUACUUUACUCAGACAGCUAGCGGCGAGAACACCCCAGAAAUGAGUAAAACCGGUUGAGCCUUUCUCUAGCUGUUCGCUUCCGAUGAAGAGCCUCUUGAACGCCUCAAAAAGUGGAAACUGCACUGCUACAUGGGAAAGUCCCAACAGUGCCGGCGCGAGUCCCGAGUAGAAUGAGCCAAUGCCUUCGUGAAGGUACAUCUUGCGUGCAGCAUCGAGAGUGGAGGUGUAGUGAUAGGGAACCUUGACAUAUGCCGAUGAGGUAUUCGAGAUGGGGGAGUAUUGCGAAGACGUGUUGGCAGCGAUUGCAUUCUGCGACAUGAGACGGGUCUUGAUCACCCAGAUCGGAUUUGUGACGAGCGUUGAUGAGGUACCGGCUACCAUUGCAGAUAGAGUAUGGGUGAACCAACUUGCACCUCCGAACUCUUCACGCUGACGGUUAGACCCUGAGCACGAAUAGAAAGGCCGUAGACGCCGCGAAGCGACAAAUGAACAAGGCCAAACUUACGAUCCGCGGUAACAUCCUUCGACUUCUCGUACACGGUGAAAUAUACUGUCCAUGUAGGGAGAUAGCCCAGAAUUAAAGGCCCCAAUCCACGAUACAUACCCCUAACACCCUCUUCCGUCCAAAUCGUCCUAGCUGUUCCCACAAGUCCCCUGUAAGCAAGAACCCUUUCUCCCAUCGUGGCCCGAUCAGCCAUUCCCCUACCCAUUUUGACCCCUCCAACACUCCCCACACCAUGCCCAUGUGUUGCCAGCCUCUUACGCAUCGACGAGAACCCCCCCUGAGCCUGCAGUUUUGUCUUGAUAACAUCUAGGGGACAGACGAUGAUUCCGGAAGCUAGCCCCGCUAUAGCACCCGAGAUGGCGUAAAUCAGAGGAUCGGUAAGUCGGGCAGGGACUAGACGUGGGUAGAUGCUAGUGUGGUGAAUGGAUGUCGAGUCCUGUGCUUUAGUGGAAGGUAUCGAUGGAGCCAUUGGUGAGUUUGUUUUCUCGUUGUCCCAGUUCUUAUCGCCGGAUGCGGGAGCAAACGAGAGGGGAGGGAAAUGGAGGGGGUGUCUCCUUCCCCUUGUAUUCUUUUCUUUUUUUCUUGUUACGGGGAAUUAUAAAAUUAUCAAAGCUUUGUAAUAAUUUCUUCCGCCCGAACUUUCGGAUGACGGAAGGAAGAGAACAGGAAAUGGGGAACAAAAGAAAAAGUGGAGAUGGAGGGGAAAGUUUAGUUUGCAGUUGAUUCGGCAGAGUUGGCAAUAGGCUACCGGUAGCUAUCGUGGCAAGGCGGCUCCUUUGUACAGAACGGGGGAAGAAGCUGGGGUUGCCGUACAGUACCGGUAUGCAACUUGGGGAAACGUUUUUUUUUUUUUUGUUUUGGCACGCACCGAACCCCCCACACGACCGGACCCAGAUCGCACCCUGAGCGCGAGAAAAAAAGCAACCACAAGCAGCGACUAAUUCCGCUUUGUCGUCGAUUUGCCGGAUGUGAGGCGAGGGGAGAGAAUGGGGGGACGAGAGGUUGCCUGAUGAUAUAUCGUGGGUAGUACGAUGCAGUACUUAAUGCGGCUCCCGGGAUUGGCUUCUUUUUGCCCUUUUAUUAACCUGAGCUUGUCGAGCGGAGGGCAAAGAGGGGAAGGGAGUAGGCUGGAGGGGAGGAAGGGGGAGGGCGGGAAUGAGAGUACGAGUACUAAUUCUUGUCGGCACCGAGCAGGUAUGGUGCGGGAGAUCAGACAGCCUCGAUACGAGCUAGCGGGGGCAGACCACCGGAGAAGGAUAGUUGAAGAGGUGAGGACGAAGAAGGUCAGAGGGAAUAGAAUGUACUCGAGUAGUAUGAUACGGUACCCGCAGAGGGACCUUUUCACACGAGGACUGGGUCAGCCUACAGCUGGCUGGCGAGCCAAUCGGUUAUCAAUAUUGAAUUGCACCAUACUCAGGGCGCUGCCAAAAAUACUUUGAUCGGGCACUGCGAACCCAGAUUCUCCCUUCGCUCGAGCCUUCUCACUCAGAGCCUUGAUCGGGCCCAGGAGUGAAAACUCGGUUCUGAUCUGGCUAACACCGCUCCCAUCAGCCCAGAACGUCAUUCCAUCCGGGAAGAUAUCAUACCGGUACCGGUAUAUCGGAAGCACCCCUCAAUCAGAUAAGAUUAGAUCGCUUUGGGAACUGGGCCUUUUUCUUUUCUUUUUCUCUCCUAGCCUUCAAUGACCACAUUUACCGUCAUCCGUUCCGUAUUCUCCCACCCUUCCACCCCGCCCCUCAAACUCGAACCCUCUCCUUCAGCAUCACAUCGACCACCAUCACCACAUAACAAUACUCCGCUCUUUUUUUCUUCCCUUCUUGGUCUACAAAUACAAAUGGGUUUCACCUCUGGGCUUGCUCUUCGCCGCGCAAUUGUUGCUAGACCAUGGCUGCACAAGAUGAUGGCUCCCAUCGCUGAAAAAUACAAUGACCUCGCUGGAUACCGUAAACUUGGUCUCGUGUACGAUUAGCCCCCCCCCCCCAACAACAACCACCGGUGCUGUAUCUCGGGCCUAAUGUAAUGCUUUUGCAGCCGGGAUGACUUGAUCGCUGAUGAAAACGAAGUUGUCCAAGAGGCGCUCAAACGGCUCCCCCCUAAGGUUGCCUACGACCGUGUGUACCGUUUGCGAAGGGCGGUCCAAUGCUCGCUCGCGCACACUAUUUUACCGAAGGAGGAGCAGACCAAGUCUGAGGGGGUACGUUAUAUUGACCUUUCCACAAAUAGAGGAUUGAAUAUCGUGCAUGGAUGCUAAUAUAGAUUUAGGAUAUCUCCUACCUGAUGCCUUAUAUUGAGGAGAUUGAGAGGGAGAGGAAGGAGAAGGAAGAGUUGGACUCUUUGACCCGUGCUAGAUAAGUUUGUAUGAGAAUGUUGGAGAAAAUAGUUGCUACGGACGGGCGGGUGGACGGGCUGAUCGAUGAAUGUACACAUGGAGGCGGGGGCGGAAUAGCGGGUAAAGGGUUAUACCAAGCGAAAACAAUACAUACUUCUUCCCCCG